UUUUUUUUUUCUUUCUUUCUUUCUUUUAUUUCUUAAAACUUUCCUUCAAUAAUGUACAACUUGGCAAAGGUUUCCCGUGCUCGCCUUUUCCCUUCCGUCACUCGCAAUGUCGGUGCUUUCUCUACUCCUUUACGUUCUUAUAGUUCUGGUGUUAAUGGUCCUGUGAUCGGUAUUGAUUUGGGUACUACUAACUCUUGUGUGUCUGUUAUGGAAGGCAAGACUCCUCGUGUGAUUGAAAAUGCUGAAGGUGCUCGUACUACUCCUUCUGUUGUUGCUUUUACUAAGGAUGGUGAAUUAUUGGUUGGUCAAGCUGCUAAACGUCAAGCUGUUGUCAACCCUGAAAAUACUGUCUAUGCCACCAAGCGUUUGAUUGGUCGUACCUAUAAGGAUCCUGCUGUGCAAGCUGACAUUCCCGCUGUGUCUUACAAGAUUGUGGCUCACAACAAUGGUGAUGCUUGGGUUGAAGCUCAAGGCAAAAAGUAUUCUCCUUCUCAAAUUGGUGCUUUCGUAUUGGGCAAGAUGAAGGAAACUGCUGAAGGAUUUUUGGGCAAGAAGGCCAAGCAUGCUGUUAUUACUGUUCCUGCUUACUUCAAUGAUGCUCAACGUCAAGCUACCAAGGAUGCUGGUAAGAUCGCUGGUUUAGAUGUUAUGCGUGUCAUCAACGAACCUACUGCUGCUGCUUUGGCUUAUGGUCUUGACAAAUCUAGUGACAAGACUAUUGCUGUCUACGAUUUGGGUGGUGGUACUUUUGAUAUCUCUGUUCUCGAAAUUCAAUCUGGUGUAUUCGAAGUCAAGUCUACUAAUGGUGAUACUGCUCUUGGUGGUGAAGAUUUCGAUUCUCAUUUAGUCCGAUGGGUUGUUGAUGAUUUCAAGAAAGAAUCUGGUGUCAAUUUGGAAGGUGACAACAUGGCCAUUCAACGUAUUCGUGAAGCUUGUGAAAAGGCUAAGAUUGAACUUUCCUCCACUGUACAAACCGAUAUCAACUUGCCUUAUAUCACUGCUGAUGCCAGUGGUCCUAAGCAUAUCAACCUCAAGUUGACUCGUGCCAAGUUCGAAUCUUUGGUUGGUGACCUUGUUCAACGUACUAUUGCUCCUUGCGAAAAGGCCAUGAAGGAUGCUGGUAUUUCUAGCAAGGAUGUUGGUGAUGUCAUCUUGGUCGGUGGUAUGUCUCGUAUGCCCAAGGUUAUUGAAACUGUCAAGUCUGUCUUUGGUAAGGAACCUAGCAAGUCUGUCAAUCCUGAUGAAGCUGUUGCUAUGGGUGCUGCUAUCCAAGGUGGUGUAUUGGCUGGUUCCGUCACUGAUAUCUUGUUACUCGAUGUCACUCCUCUUUCUUUGGGUAUUGAAACUCUUGGUGGUGUCUUCACUCGUUUGAUCAACCGUAACACAACUAUUCCUACCAAGAAGGCUCAAGUUUUCUCCACUGCUGCUGAUGGUCAAACUCAAGUUCAAGUCCGUGUUUUCCAAGGUGAACGUGAACUUUGCCGUGAUAACAAAUUGUUGGGUGACUUUAACUUGACUGGUAUUCCUCCUGCUCCUAAGGGUGUUCCUCAAAUCCAAGUUGAAUUCGAUAUUGAUGCUGAUGGUAUUGUCAACGUCAGUGCUAAGGAUAAGGCUACCAACCGUGAUCAAUCUAUGACCAUUGCUGCCUCUUCUGGUUUGUCCAAUGAUGAAAUUGAAAACAUGAUUCAACAAGCCGAAGCUAACGCUGAAGCUGAUCGUGCUCGUCGUGAUACUAUUGAAAUGGCUAACCGUGCUGAUUCUGUUAUGAGUGAAACCGAAAAAGCUAUGGAUGACUUCAAGGACCAAUUGGAUCAAGCUGAAGCCCAUAAGCUCCGUGAACAAAUUACCAAUCUCCGUGGUGAAGCUUUGAAGGCUCAAUCUGGUGAUGCUGAUGUUAAGCCCGAAGAACUCAAGGCCAAGAUCGACGAAUUGCAACAAUCUAGCUUGAAACUUUUCGAAAUGGUUUACAAGAACCGUGCUAGUCAAAAUGAUGGUGGUGCUGCUGCUGCUGAUAGCAACUCCUCUGCUGGUCAACAACAAUAGAUGGAUUUCUCAUCAACAAAACAACAAAAGAAGAAAAAGGAUCAAUGUAGAAUAGAAUGGAAAUAUUAUCAUCAACAAACGGAUAGAUCAUAGUGUAGUUUUUUUUUUUUAUUUUAUUGUAAUUAUUAUUUUUUAGACCUCAUGUUCAACAUCUCCACCCCUCUCCCCCUUCCUCCUUUUCUCUUACUUUGUUUCGUAUAUAUUUUAGUAUUAUUAUUAUAUCCAUUUUCUUUAUUCAAUAAAAUAUAAGAAAGGAUGAUCACUAUUUUCAAGCUAUAUUGUUAUGUUUUUGUAGGGAAUCCUGAUGGUGAUUGUUGAAGGAUAUGAGAUUACGAAGAAUGGAAUGAUUAGUGAUGGUAGUGAU